GUCCUCUGCCAGCUUUGUCUUGAGUCACGGGCCUUCCCAGGGCCAUGGCCCAGAAGGAUGGGCAGGGAGAGAGAAGCUGCUCAUGGGGGCCUCUGUAAGGAGACCUGGAGUUGCUGCAGCCAAGAGUGGAGCCAUGAGGCGGCCCCCCGGGAAUGGAGCAGCGGCCAGCGAGGGGCCAGGCGGCUGGGGCUUAUGGGGAGUCCAGGAGUCCAGGAGGCUGUGCUGUGCUGGUCCCAACCGCUGUGGGCAGGCCUUGCUGCAGAUUGGGAUCAACAUGAUGGCACUGCCUGGAGGCCGCCAUCUGGACUCCAUCCCUAUACCAGGGCAGCGGCUGCACCUAAUGCAGGUGGACUCAGUCCAGCGCUGGAUGGAGGACCUGAAGCUCAUGACCGAGUGUGAGUGCAUGUGUGUCCUGCAGGCGAAGCCAAUCAGCCUGGAGGAAGACGCACAGGGUGACCUCAUCCUGGCCGGUGGCCCUGGCCCAGGAGACCCCCUGCAGCUGCUGCUCAAGCGGGGCUGGGUCGUCAGCACUGAGCUGCGCAGGAUCGGGCAGAAGCUGGCCCAGGACCGCUGGGCGCGCGUGCACAGCAUGAGUGUGCGUCUCACCUGUCACGCCCGCUCCAUGGUCAGCGAGUACAGCGCUGUCAGCAGGAGCCCCUCGCAGGAAAUGGGCCAGAUUGAGAAGCUGCUAAUGGAGAAAUGUUCAGAGCUCUCAGCAGUCACGGAGAGGUGCCUCCAGGUGGAGAAUGAACAUGUCCUGAAGUCCAUGAAGGCCUGUGUGAGCGAGACCCUGAGCACACUGGGCCAGCACUUCGGCCAGCUGCUGGAGCUGGCCCUGACGCGGGAGGUGCAGGCACUGGUGAGAAAAAUUGAUGCCUCAGAUAAUAUCUAUACCAUGGAGUCCACCACAGGGAACCUGUUCAGCCUGACCCAGGAGGGGGCACCCUUGUGCCGCAUCAUAGCCAAGGAGGGUGGGGUCGUAGCACUCUUCAAGGUUUGCCGGCAGGACAGUUUCCGGUGCUUGUACCCCCAGGCGCUCCGCACGCUGGCCUCUAUCUGCUGUGUGGAGGAGGGUGUCCACCAGCUGGAGAAGGUGGAUGGCGUUCUGUGCUUGGCCGACAUCCUGACUGACGACAGCCACUCAGAGGCCACACGGGCUGAGGCUGCAGCUGUGGUGGCCCAGGUCACCUCCCCACAUCUGUCCUUCACCCAGCACCUCAGUAGCUUCCUGGAGAGCAUGGAGGAGAUUGUGACAGCCCUCAUCAAACUGUGCCAAGAGGCCUCAUCUGGGGAAGUUUUCCUGCUGGCCUCUGCGGCCCUUGCCAACAUCACCUUCUUUGACACAAUGGCCUGUGAGAUGCUCCUGCAGCUGAAUGCCAUCCGCGUCCUCCUGGAAGCCUGCAGCGACAAGCAGAGGGUGGACACGCCUUACACCCGGGACCAGAUUGUGACCAUCUUGGCAAACAUGUCUGUCCUAGAGCAGUGUGCCUCUGACAUCAUCCAGGAGAAUGGUGUCCAGCUGAUCAUGGGCAUGCUGUCCGAGAAGCCGAGGUCUGGGACCCCCGCUGAGGUGGCAGCCUGCGAGCGAGUCCAGCAGAAAGCUGCAGUGACCCUGGCCCGUCUCAGCCGAGACCCAGAUGUGGCACGGGAGGCUGUGCGGCUCAGCUGUAUGUCCCGUCUCAUCGAGCUCUGCAGGUCCCCGUCGGAGAGGAACAGCAGUGAUGCUGUGCUCGUGGCCUGCCUGGCUGCUCUGCGUAGAUUGGCUGGGGUCUGCCCUGAAGGCCUGCAGGACUCUGACUUCCAGCAGCUGGUCCAGCCUCGGCUUGUGGACUCCUUCUUACUCUGCAGCAACAUGGAGGAGAGUUUCGUGUAGCGGGUAUAGGAGAGGAAAGACAUCCCGCCCAUUCUCAUGCUCCCUCUGAGUAUACACCAGCUCUCUUCACCUCCUUAUUUAUACUUAAUUUAUUUUUUACACGAAAUACACAAAGAGUGAAAUCUUAGAGCAACAUUAUCAAACAAUCUGUGGUCCUUGGGAGUCUUUUUUGUUCUUAUCUUUUGACUUCUGUGGCUUUUUAGUUGCAGAUGUUGAAAUACACAGUGGCUAAUACAACAGACUGUCAUGGGUGAUUUCACUUCAUCUUGUUUUCUCUACUCUCACUAUAUAAUCUUAAUCUUGCCUCAUUUUUUUGUUUGUUUUUUAUUUUUGAAACAGGGUAUUGUAACAGCCUAGCAGGUGUUUUUUUUUUUUUUUUUUUUUUAAAGUCGGAUUUGCUCUUUCCAAAAAUUUAAAACGAAAUUCAUAGUUGGGGAGAUAUACUGAAAGGAAAUUUUUUUUUUCUUUAAUAAAUGAAAUCAUGCAAAAUGUGUCUUGGAUUUUCUGAUUAAAUUGUACGUUAAACUAAGUUCUUGCUUCCCGAGGUUUCAUUCCACAAAAACCUUUGCAACUAUUAAAAGUACAUAGAGAAUUGUCUUGUUUUCAUAGGUAUAUAAAUGGGUCAAGUUCUGAGUAAUUUAGUGAAAGAUCACAGUGACUUUCAAAAAUAUUUCUAAAGACACCAAAAAUUCAGUUUCCUUUGGCUUCUCUGCUCUUGUGUGACCUCCUGCUUACCUCCUGGUGAACUGAAUCCACAGAUGAGGUUUAUUGAAUGAUUCUUCUUCAGAAAUAUACCUGAAAGCAGUGGUGUGCUAGAGACAGCCCAUGCUGGCUCACAAGGGACAGUUGUGAGAAUUUCUUCCCAAUUCUGCAUUCAGUGACUUCACGUUGGUAGCC